AUGAACAAUAAUGUACCGGGAGCAGGUAAUGCUAUAAGAAACCAAGCUGGUCCGGGAGCUGCUGCUGGUCAAGUACAAAUUACAACAACAUCGAGUCCUUUUGGCUCAUUAUCUCCUUUACUUGCUUUGUUGCUUGCAAGCAACUUGAAUGGUGGAGGCUCCCCAUAUCCUUAUUAUCCUUACUAUGGCGGUUACGGAGCGUAUGGUAAUCAUUAUAUGGAUUGCUGCAUGUAUCGAAUGUGCCAUUGUUGCUGGCAGUGUAAUGAGGAAUUGAAAUUAGGAAUUGAAACUAAUUUUGGACCAAGAGAAUUCGAUGUUGGAACUGGUGCUGUUGCUGGAGCUGCUCGUAUAUCAGGAGGAAUAAGUGGCGCUGCAUCAUCAAAGAUUGAAAUUUAA